AGUGGUGCCUAAUGAACAUUUGGAAUAUGAACAUGCCAGGAGAAUUAAACAUUGGUGCUGGAAAGGUGCUUUAUUACCGUCAGGUGGCAAAACAAAACCGCAAUGUCAUGCCGCUUUGGACGCUUCAAAAGCAUCUGUACGCGCAACAUCCAUAUGCGUGGUUUGCCAUUGCCAGUGAAUCCAAUGUAGCGGCCAUGGAAGGUCUUGCCGCCAAGCUCGGUAUGACACUUGUGCAGGAGCCUACAACGAGCUACAAAGUGAACAUUCGGCGUAUGAAUGAGUUUUUUGAUUGUGAGUUAAACGGACAGCUGAAGUGCACCAUGCUGAAUAAGCCGUGGGAUCGAUUUUUGGUCUCGCACUACGUUCGUAGCAAAAUGCCCGACCUGCGGUAUACUGUGCGAGCGCGGCACCCAAUCAAGAAGCGUGUGUCGGAUGCCUACUUGGAGGCGGAUAUCCUUCGCAGCACACGAGAAUCCGUUCAGUCGGUGCUCUCACCAGAGUUGGGUGAUGUCGUGUACUGCUGUGAGCGUGUCAUUCGAAAGUGGGCCAUGCGCACGGCGACAGGCGCCACUUUGCAGCUCGUUGAAACGAAGCGCACGCCCCUCAUCAUCACAAGGGCCGGCGACGAGGGCGAGCGGCUGGAGUACGAGUGGAUUGUUCCUUUACCGCAGCAGGCAGAGCGUAUCGACGUGGCCUCCCUCACGGACGAGUUGUGGGAGUACGGCAACAAGCUUGCCGAGGCGCUGGAGGAGGGAAUGGAGGAGCUGAUGGCGCACACCAUGACAGCCGUCUCUGCCUACUGA